AUGUCGGAAUCCUCCUUAAAGGGCAGAAUGAACGCCUUUGGCGUCGUGCCACAAGCUGUGGUGGUGCCUGCAGCGGACGACUUUCCAUUAGCCGCUCAUCGCUUCGAGCCUCCGCCAGGAUCAAGCGCGGUGGGCCAGACGGAUGGACAGGAAGUGAGGGCGGUGGUGGUGAUGGUGAAUGCGACGGGAGUGCAAGCGAGGUUCUACCACGACUUCGCCUGUUGGCUGGCCAUGCAGGGGCUGUGCGCCUUCACGUUCGACUUUAGGUACAGCGGCAACUCUUUCCCAAAGCAGUGGUUGGACAAGUUGGAAGGGGCAGAGGAUGAGGAGGAGUAUGCGCAAGUGUUCGAACAGGCCAUCAGGUCGGCGCCGGAUGAGAUCGGAUUGAUCAGGACGUGGGGAAGAGAGGAUUUGGCUGCUGUGGCUAGAUUUGCCCACGACGCUCAUCCUCGGGCGCCAAUGUGCUUCUUUGGCAACAGUCUGGGCGGCCACCUGAUGACGUGAGUGUCAGGCCAUGCACGCAGCCUCCCCUCGCGGUCCGAGCGGUCCUGAGUGCGUUGUGGACCGGCGAAGCUCAUACGCCGCGUGCUUCAACUCACCCGCCCUCGCGGACCGUCUCUCCCUCUCCCUCUCUCUCUCUCCUCCAAACAAGCGUCCUGGAACCUCGCAUGCUGCAAUCCUUUGGCGUCCCCAUUCGCUUCGCCGAUGUCAAUGGCGGCAAUGCGCACUGGCGAAACCACGCCGAGCCAGAAGAGUCGCUGUUCGGUUUCAAUGAGGUGAUCAUCAAGCCCAUCGAGACUGAUCGGCUGUUCAGAUCCAGCAGCUUGGGUCUGGGAUACGACAUUCCCUACGGACCAGGCAAGGACUGGAUCGACUGGUUCAGUGAGUCGGUCGGUUGGGGGCUCGAUUUCUUGCACCUCGCGAGUCACUCCUCAGCUGCAGAUCUGACUGACGCUCGCAUUGCUGCUUGCUGCCCUUUCUUUUGCACCGCCACGGUUCAUCAGCGCAUCCCCUCUUCUCGUUGCACGUGCCAGAGGAUGAGCAGAGGGCAAAGGAAAAUGUGCGCAUGUUCGAUUGGAUCUACUUUUCCUUCAGCGACGACGAGACGAUUUCAAGGUGAGCAGUGGCAGUGGCAGUGGCAGUGGCAGUCGUAGUCGUAGUCGUAGUCGUAGUCGCGAUCAGCGUCUUGCAUCCUCAACGUGCGUGUAGCCAGUCGUUGCAUAGUCGCUCAUGGCUGCCACCUGCCACGCCGUCGUCUUCAGACACAUGAUGCAUCAGCACGCCUCUUUGCUCUGCGGCAAGGGUUCCAGGACAAAGACGCUGUUCAUCGACCCGCCCAAGCUCAAAGGCUGGCCAAAGUGCGGCCACGUGACGUGUUUCAGACCAUCAGGUCCUCGAUUGCCAAACAAGACGGGCAGUCCUCGAAGUGUGAUCACAGGCAAAGCAGACAGCAGCGGAGAGGGCAGCAGCAGCAGUGACAUGGGCAAAAGCAGCGUAGAGGAGGAAGACGACGACGACGACGACGAUGAUGGUGCAGAGAGAGCAGUGAGGGGAGGAGAAGCUUAUGAGCCCAAGGAAUUGCCCGAGGAGGUGGCGAGAGGAGAAGGCGCAGACGCGGAUGCUGCUUCGGAACCUAUGGAGCUGCUGGGAAGGGAAGACAGCAUCUGGCAAGUCUUUCUCAAAUACGCCCUCGAAGGUCUCAGCACAGUGGAUCCUGCUUUGGGCGACUUGCGAACGUGGGACGAGACGAAUGCGAGGGACUGCGAUGCUCUCAGGCGCGAGGAGCGCCUUGUCCGCGCAAAGGCCGCAGCAGAACGCCCCAAAGGCAAGACGGGUACUAAAGCUAGAUUGUGA